GUCUUGAUGCAGAACUUUAUUAUGUGAGAAACGACCUUAUUAGUCACUACGCUCUGUCCUUUAACCUGUUAGUACCCAGUGAGACAAAUUUCCUGCACUUCACUUGGUAUGCGAAGUCCAAGGUUGAAUAUAAACUGGGAUUCCAAAUAGAUAAUUUUGUGGCUAUGGACAUGCCCCAGGUCAACAUUUCUGUUCAGGGGGAAGUUCCACGCACUUUAUCAGUGUUUCGGGUCGAGCUUUCCUGUACUGGCAAAGUAGAUUCUGAAGUUAUGAUACUAAUGCAGCUCAACUUGACAGUAAAUUCUUCAAAAAAUUUUACAGUCUUAAAUUUUAAACGAAGGAAAAUGUGCUACAAAAAACUUGAAGAAGUAAAAACUUCAGCAUUGGACAAAAACACUAGCAGAACUAUUUAUGAUCCUGUACAUGCAGCUCCAACCACUUCCACUCGUGUAUUUUAUAUCAGCGUAGGGGUUUGUUGUGCAGUGAUAUUUCUCGUAGCAAUAAUAUUAGCUGUUUUGCACCUUCAUAGUAUGAAGAGGAUUGAACUGGAUGACAGCAUCAGUGCCAGCAGUAGCUCCCAAGGGCUGUCUCAGCCAUCCACCCAGACGACUCAGUACCUGAGGGCCGACACACCCAACAACGCAACACCCAUCACCAGCUCCUCAGGUUAUCCUACCUUGCGGAUAGAGAAGAACGACCUGAGAAGUGUCACACUGUUGGAAGCCAAAGCCAAAGUGAAGGAUAUAGCAAUAUCCAGGGAGAGGAUAACACUGAAAGAUGUUCUCCAGGAAGGUACUUUUGGGCGUAUUUUUCAUGGGAUUUUAGUGGAUGAAAAAGAUCCAAAUAAAGAAAAACAUACAUUUGUAAAAACAGUUAAAGAUCACGCCUCCGAAAUCCAGGUGACCAUGAUGCUGACAGAAAGCUGUAAGUUGCGAGGUCUUCACCACAGAAAUCUUCUUCCUAUUACUCACGUGUAUAUAGAAGAAGGAGAAAAGCCCAUGGUGAUGCUGCCUUACAUGAAUUGGGGGAAUCUUAAAUUGUUUUUACGGCAGUGCAAAUUAGUAGAGGCCAAUAAUCCACAGGCAAUCUCUCAGCAAGACCUGGUACAUAUGGCUAUUCAGAUUGCCUGUGGGAUGAGCUACCUGGCAAGAAGGGAAGUCAUCCACAAAGACCUGGCUGCUAGAAACUGUGUCAUUGAUGACACACUUCAAGUUAAGAUCACAGACAACGCCCUCUCCAGAGACUUGUUCCCUAUGGACUAUCACUGUCUGGGGGACAACGAAAACAGGCCAGUUCGAUGGAUGGCUCUUGAAAGUCUGGUUAAUAAUGAGUUCUCUAGCGCUAGUGAUGUGUGGGCCUUUGGAGUGACGCUGUGGGAGCUUAUGACUCUGGGCCAGACGCCCUACGUGGACAUUGACCCCUUCGAGAUGGCCGCAUACCUGAAAGAUGGUUACCGAAUAGCCCAGCCGAUCAACUGUCCUGAUGAACUGUUUGCUGUGAUGGCCUGCUGCUGGGCCUUAGAUCCUGAGGAGAGGCCCAAGUUUCAGCAGCUGGUGCAGUGUCUCACAGAGUUCCAUGCUGCCCUGGGAGCCUACGUCUGAUUUCUCUCAGUGCCACAGCCGCAGAGGACAAUUCCUGCUGUAGCCACCUCGUGGAGAAUGUGGUGCCAGCCGAAGCACAUUUGUCUUCCAGACACCAGGCCUUAGGAAUGCUUCAGAAUCUGAACUUUUUUAGAGACAGACGUAAUAAUGUGGAAUAUUUUCUAGGUAUCACUUUUAUUAAGUUGAAUUGAAAGGGGUUUUGUAAAUUUUGGGGGGCAAAAUUUUUUUAAAACAUAGUUACUUUGGACUAAGGGUGCAUUCUUAAUAAAUAAACAGUUUUUAAAAUUGUUUAGACACAGAUAUUUGGAAUAGCUGUCUUAGUGCCAACUGCUUUUUAUGUUUUUACUUCAUCAAGGUAAUGUAGGUGACUUACCUUUAAAGUUGUUUUAAUGUUUUUAUCACUACUCUUGGGAAUGGUUUGUCUUCAAAAUACAGUACUUAGGAAAGAAAAAGCAGCAUGAAAAGAUAUCUGAUUUACCUUGUACUAAAAAGGCAAUACUGGAGGGAGAAAAAGAAAAGCUAAAGAGAAAAAAGGAUUUUUAAAAAUACUAGAAACAAACUGCCCUUUCAUAAAAUUUUUUUUAUUUUUUUAAUGUAAAGGAAAUCUGCUUUCUUGCUUUGGGGGAAACAGAAGCUGGAUUCCUUGCAUCUCACAGUUUUUAGAAAUUAACUCUCCUGUGAGCCAGACAUGGGUUUGGGGCAGAUUAGUAGGAAGUAAUGGCAAUUUUAUUUAUUUUUACUAUCUGGGAAAGGACAAAAUGCAGAAAGUGAAAUACAGAAAAGUGCAACCUCAUUUGUAAGGUUAAGAUUCCCUUUUAUUGCACCUAGGAUAAGUGCUAUGCACAGAGUGGGUGCUUGAGUUGUGGUUUUUUUUUUUUUUAAAUGGUGAACUGAUAAAUUUUGAGCUUAUCUUCAAGGCUGGAUUAAGUGUAAAAUUGUUUUUUAAAAACUUGAAAAAUAAAGGAUUUGUUUUAUAUUA